GAUCAAGUUGCCUCGCCUGCGCUGGCUCUUGCGACCUGGGCCAUGCCCGACACACACUGAAGGGACAUUGCUCUGGCUGCCUGAGGGAGAGGAGGGAGAGGCACAAGUCACUUUGGCCAUGGGCAACUUCCAGUUGGAAGACUUUGCAGCGGGCUGGAUUGGAGGUGCAGCCGGUGUCAUUGUGGGCUACCCUCUGGACACAGUCAAGACUCGCCUGCAGGCUGGUGUUGGCUAUGGGAACACAUUCAGUUGCAUCCGCAUGGUGUACGAGAAGGAGCGUGUGUUUGGCUUCUUCAAGGGCAUGUCUUUCCCUGUGGCCAGCAUUGCUGUCUACAACUCGGUGGUGUUUGGGGUCUUCAGUAAUACGGAACGGUUCCUCAGCCGGCACCGCUAUGGGGAGCCUGAGGCUGGCCCUGGACGAAGCCUGUCUGACCUACUCCUGGCAAGCAUGGUGGCUGGAAUGGUCUCCGUCGGACUGGGCGGGCCUGCGGAACUCAUCAAGAUCCGACUGCAGAUGCAAACACAGCCUUUUCGGGAAGCCAACCAUGGAUUGAAGCCCAGGGCAGUGGCCCUAGGGGAGCAGGCAGCGUACCAGGGACCAAUACACUGCAUUGCAACUAUUGUGCGGACGGAGGGCCUGGCGGGUCUGUACCGGGGAUCCAGUGCCAUGCUGCUGAGGGACGUCCCCGGAUAUUGCCUUUACUUUAUUCCCUAUGUGUUCCUGAGCGAAUGGAUCACGCCUGAGUCCUGCACAGGGCCCAGCCCCUAUGCCGUGUGGCUGGCAGGUGGCAUUGCAGGGGCAAUUUCCUGGGGGACAGCAACUCCAAUGGAUGUUGUGAAAAGUCGGCUCCAGGCUGAUGGGGUCUAUUUAAACAAAUACAAUGGAGUCCUGGACUGCAUCUCCCAGAGUUACCGGCAGGAAGGCUUGAAGGUGUUUUUCAGGGGCCUCCCUGUGAACGCCUUACGCGGCUUCCCCACGAGCGCGGCCCUGUUCCUUGGGUAUGAGUUCUCCCUGAAGGCACUCCGAGGAGACCACACUGUGACAAGCCCUUGAAUGUAAGGGCAGACCAGGCUUCAUCCUACUGCAGGUUGGUGCUGACAAUACCUGUAGAACCAGCAUCAGUGAGUUGUUGAAUGAAAGAAGACCCAGCCAUCCCAGUUCUGUGCCAGGUGGGCCACAGCCAUCCUACUGAGCUCAGAGUCACUUCCUUCAGGAUUACAGGCUCUCCGUUUCUCUCUCCAGCCCAGAGUUCUGGUAGGAAGCAGCAGACCAUGGACCAAACAAUCACCAUCUUUCUUUCCGCUUGGGAUUAGAACCUGUGAAAAUCUGGGGCAAAGCAUCUGUGCCCCUGGAUGUUGAAAACUCCGCCAAGAUGUGGCUCCAUGAUUCCAAAUAAAAGCACCGAAUGCCCUUUGGGUUAUUUCUGUGUCACAUGCCUCUACCUGGCUUCUACCUUGGUCACCCUCGUCUCUGCUCAGGUUAGGUCUGUGGAAAUGUUGCCAGCCCAGAGAGAAACCAGCUCUGUACAGUCUUGUAGCGGAACUAAGUAGGUGGUAUCAUUUUCUCCUGGGUCUUUGAGGUGUGCAGGGGGGCACAGUGGCUGGAAAGAAUCACGUAGGGCUGAGAAAUCCAAAGGUUCUCAAGCCUGAGCAGUAGUGUGUGUUGGUGUCAUGGAUGGCAGAUGGCAGCCCAGGCUUGCAGGAGGUGGGUGCUCUCUGGACCUGACUUUUAUAUGGAAA